CCCUCUAUCAGAAAAUGGGAUAUAAUUUAUUCAAACAAGGCGAUUGUAUGGAAGCCAUAAGGCUGUAUAAAAAGUCGUUGGGUAUAUCGUCAACUGCUGGAAAGGACUUUGAACCAUUGACAUUACAAUCUGUUAGUUACUUAGGGGUUGUGCACGUAGUUCUUGGUAACUUUGAUCUUGGUGAAAAAUACCACUCAACUUGCUUGCGACGAAGCGAAGCGCUCCAGGGGAAAAUUCACCCUAAUGUAGGUAAUGCUUUAAACCGGAUGGGAUUGCUUUAUGACCAACGGGGCGACUCGAAAACAGGACUGGAGUUCUUCAAGCAAGGUCUUGAAGUAAAGAGAAAAUCAAAAGCUGCGCCUAUAUCUGUUGUAUAUUCAUUAAGCAAUGUCGCCAAUGGUUACAAAGAUAUGGGUAUGUUCAAGGAAGCUCAUAAGCUUGUUGAUGAAGCCUUUGCUAUUCUGCAAAAUCAGAAAAUGAACAUGCUUGAUGGAUUUUCUCUUCUGUAUAAUACUAGAGGUAAAAUAUAUGCAAGGGAAGGAAAAUUUAAGGAAGCAUCUGAGGCGUAUGGCAAAACUGUGGAAAUAACCAGGCAGGUAGAACAGACCAGUUAUAUUUACAUGAAAAGAUUGGUUAAUUUGGCGGAAGUCCUAGAAAAGAGGUGUAAAUUUGCCUCUGCAUUAAAACUUACAAAAGAAGCAAUAGGAUUAAAAGAUAAAGUUAUAAAGGCACUUCCACACAACUCCAUUGUAACCGAAUGUUUACAAUGUAUGUCUCGAAUAUACGACCUUACUGGACAACAUGACAAUUAUAAAGAAACUUUGUACAAAAUAGAUAAAGAAUGUAAUAGACUUGCUAAAGAGUGUACACUACUAAACAAUCAGCAAAAGCUAGACCAAGUUAAUGAGACCAUUCAAGACUUACAGAUGAAGUUUAAGAAUCUGAAAGUGUAGAGAAAAAAAGUGAUUUACUGAUCAGUUGGCAAUCAUGUGAGCGUAAUAAUAUCUGAUAAUAGCUGUAAUACACAAGAAGCACGAUGUAAAGGAUCACAUUAUUUUGCACACCAACUAUCCAAAUUUUAGGGGUUUUGAUAUAUAGAGGUCAGAGUGACAAACAUUAUCCACAGGAUAUGAUUUAAAUAACGUUUGUAGAGGUCCGCUAGCACAUGCUACAUGCCAAUAUAAACGUUUGUUUGUAUGUAUCACCAAAGCGGUUAGUUGAGAGUUGUAUUGCAAAUAACCGUUUAUAAACGGCCAUAAAGUUCCAAACUUUCUUAAUUGGAGAAAAAAUCAAAUAACUUCAUAAAGUUUGACAUAAGCCAUGUAUAGUUCUAGUUUAUAAAAUA